GGUCACACACCAGGAAAUGCGUACAUGACGUAAAUUUGAAAUUUCAGCGCUGAAACGUCUGGGGCUGUAACUAGCUUCGCGAGCUACACUACAGGCAACAGGAUUUGCGGAACUCCUGGAAGGUUCAAAACGAAUCUACCUCGGUGGAUGAGAAAUGUCUUUCUCAAGAGCCCCAUUGAAAAGAUUCAACGAAGCUGUUGGUUGCACCCCUGCACCGGGCAUCUACGACAUCAAACCUGGAGAACCGAAGGGACCCGCAUCCUUUGAUAAAUCGGAUCGGUUCAAACAUGCUAAACCAGCUGUGUGUUCAGUGCCCACAUCAUCACCCUCACAAAUGACAUUGAUGUCUCCGGUCAGAAGAACAGUAUCAUUUGAUGGACUUGUUGAGGGGUCAAGUACAAAAAAGACCUUGGAAAUGAAACAACGACGGCUAUUGGAGAAAGAGAUCCGCUCACUGGUCCAGCAGCGUGGGGAACAGGAUCGACGAUUGCUCUCCCUUGAGCAGGACCUAAAAAACUUGGAGGCCAAGCUGUUGGCAGCCGUCAGGGAAAAGACUGCACUGACUGCCAGCAUCACCACCCUACAAAGACAGAAAGCUGAACUAAAGAAAGUGAAUGAGUUCUUAAAAAACAAGGUUUCAGCUGACCUCACAAAAAAGAGGAUCAAUUCACUUACCAUGGAACUCCUUGAAGCCAGGAACAAAUUGGACAGCAAAAAUAAGGAGCUAAGUGUACUUGAGGUCACCACCAACGGUCACCUCAAGGCAUUAGAAAUGGAUCUCAGAGUGAGUAAGGAAACUAUCCAAGCCUUAACAGGCCGAAAUAAUGACUUGGAGGAGCUCAAUCAAGUGUUGAAAACCCAAAAUGAGGAGUUAGUGCAACAAAAUGACAGGUUACAUGCUGAGAUACUGGAGCUAAAAGCGGAGAUCAAGGUUCUGCAGGGAUAUCUGGAUGCCUCCAAUGACCAGAUUCAGGAUCUCCGCUUAAAACUUAAAGAGACAACACAGCAGGACAUUGUCUGUAACGCAAAGCUGCAGAACCUGAAAUGCCUAGAGCAAGAAUUAGUGCAGAGCCACACCAAACUUGAAAGGACUGAAGUUGCGCUGAGGCAAAAAGAGGAGGAAGUGCUGAAAUAUCAACAUGAGAUGCAGGCCUCACAGGAGGCUUUAUCAGAAGCAAAGAGGAAGUUGAAAAGCCAAGAGUUGGAGCUCGAGGCAUCCCAAAAGGCAGUGAGAGACUUGGAAACACAAGUGAAGUUCAUCAAAGGAGAAGUCCAGAACUCCCGAGCAAAGGUGGGUCAGCAGGAGGCUGAGCUGGCUCUGCUGCGGGAGGCGCUCCAGACUACCGAGAAAAAGAUGAAUGAAAGCGUGGCACAUCUGGAACAAAUGUGUCUGUUAUCGGCACAAGAGAAAAACCAAAUUCAAGAGGAGGGCUUCAGAAAAGUGAAGGAGUUAAGCACAGAACUUGAACUCCUGAAGGACAUUGACAGAGAUGAGAAAGAGAAGCAGAUUCAGCUCCAGCAUGAGCAUGCUUCUUUCAUUGAGGAACUUGCGAAAGAAAGGGCUCUGGUAGACUCUUUGACUGUGCUGCUAGAGCAGGAGAGGCAGGAGUCUGAGGAGUGCCGAAGUAAGCUGUAUGAGGAGAUGGAGGAGGUUCUGGGAGAGCUGGCUCUCAUGGAGGACCAGGAGCAAAGACGAGGUGAAGAGAGGGCGCACAGUCACGAGAAAAUGAAUGCGUUGGAAAGACAACUGAGUGAAAUGAAGGAAGUUUUUGAACGUCAGAGCAGGGACCUGUUAUUGGUGAAAGAGGAGCAUUCUAUAGCCAAUCGAGAACUUCAGGAAACGCACGCAAACUCACUGCAAAAAAUGGGAGAGAUGUCUGUACAGCUAGAAGGCACCAAAAUGGCUCUGAGGGAAGCUGAUGAGAGCAGGAAAAAACUGGAAGAGGAGAUGAACACAGUUACUCAGCAGCUCAAGGAGGAGAUGGACAAAGUUAUUCUACAAAAAAAUGAGGAGCACCGAAUGAGACUGGAGAAUGCAGGAGUUUUGCAAGAGGUGCAGGCUCGCCUUGCUCAUAAAGUUCAGGAGAUGCAGGAUUUGGAGACCAGCUACUCUGAGAGAAUCUGUCAGUUGGAGCAGGAGCUGCUGCGACAGACAAAAGACAAGGAAGAAGCACUGAGGCAAGUAGAAGAGCAGAAAGGGCAGCAAGUUGCUGAGCUUCACAAUCGGGAACAAAUGGCUCAGAAACAGCUUGAGGACGUCCGCCGGGAAAAGGUGAUCAUAAUGGAACAAAUGCUACAAGAAAAAGAGGAAAAAAAUAAAUAUCAAGCAGCGCUUGAGGCCAAAAGAGCUGUACUGGAGGCUGAAAUGAAAGACCACCAACAGCUCAGGUCAGAGGUUCUCAGACUACAAACUGAACUUAAUAGCAUGUGUGAGGAAAGAAGUCGACUCGUGUCUCAAGUUGAACUGUCGGACCAAUCAGAGCUGGCACUUCAGCAUCGAGUGGAGGCGGAACAUAGAGAGAAGAUGGGGCUUCAGGCUCGCUUGGAUGAAGUUCAGGUCCAGUGUAAAAUCUUUCAGACACAAACAGCCCUCAUGGAGGAGAAGGUAGAGGGUCUGCUGAUGGAAAUGGAAGAACAGCAACAUGAGCGACAGACUCUACAACACCAGGUCAAGGUGCUGAUCCAGGAGAAAGUCACUCUACAGUGGGAGAUGGACGAGCAGCGGCAGGAACUCCAGAACCAAGUAAUGGAAGCAGAGGAGAAGAGCGCUUCAAGAUCUGAAACAGAACACUGGAGGACAAAGUAUGAGGAGCUGUUUGCUAAGGUCAAACCCUUUGAGGACCAGUUGAACUUCUUUGCGGCUGAGCGAAAUGCACUCAUCAAUGAAAAUGGCGCAAACCAGGAGGAGCUAACCAAGCUGUCAGAUGCUUAUGCUCGUCUGCUGGGUCACCAGAACCAGAAGCAGAAAAUUAAACAUGUAAUGAAGCUGAAAGAUGAGAAUUUUGACCUGAAACAGGAGGUACUGAAACUUCGCUCCCAGUUGAGCCGUCAGAAGACUGAUUUGAAUCACCUCAAAUCAAAACCCCCCAAUGAUUCUCAGCGCAGGUUUGAUCCCAGUAAAGCGUUCCAACACAAUAAGGAGAACAGGCGGACUGAAAAUGCAACACCUUUGAAAGAAGACAAUCACACUGUGAAGAGCGCCUACUUGUAGAGAACAGCAAUGGCUGAGCUGCUUGGGAGUCGUUUUCUCUGAAUAAGAGGAUUUUUCCCAAAGCUGGGAUGAUGAUUCUCAAUUUUUUUUUUUUUUUUUGGGGGGGGGGGGGGGUUUGUUUUUAUUGCCUCUGGCACAUAUUCAGAUACGUCUUAGGUGUUUUUUUUUAAUCUACUUUUAUCUAAACCAUUUAAAAAGUUGUAGUGCCAUCAAUGUUCGUAGGGAGAGCUAGUUUAGUCUGGUAGGUUCUGGUAGGGACAAAUACCUGUAUCACCAUUUUGUAAAUAAAGUAAAUACUGAGAUUAAAUGAC